CCUCUCCUCUCCGCCUCCUCUCCUCCUCUAUUCCUCUAAAACCUCCGCUCGUUCCGCCCGGCUAGAUAGCCGUAGUAGAGGCCGGCCUCAACCUUCACCAGGCAUUCACGUCGACGACACCGGCCUCAGCGUCGUGCAUUUGCUCCUCCUCAAGAUAACAACAAUUAUAAAUAUUAUUGAAAAGAAAAAGAUUAUGGAUUUUGGAUACCCUCGAAAUCUUUGGCCUGAAAUCUUAAAGCUCUACAUCACUCAGGAAGGUGUUAGGUCACCAUUUUUAUCCAAGGAAAGCAAGAGCAAGAACAUUCGCUUCCCUGCUGAAGAAAAGCAAGAACAUUCGCUUCGCCUCGCCAUUCCGAACUAGACAGUCUGUGCAAUUUAAUGUUUCAGCUGAAGCAAUUGGAGAAGAACAUAAAGCUGUUAACAGAUGCGAGCAAGUAGGCCCCUUCACCUCUGUUCUCUUUACUUAAUAGACUUUUCACCUCAUUCGCUAUCAUAGUUUUAUCUUUUAUGAGUGAUAAUUUGAUUACAUAACCUUGUCGUCGUAGAAACUUUACAUGAAAAGCUGAUGACACAAAGUACUGGGUAUUUGCUUGGAUUACAUAUUCUUUUUUUUGGUUUCGUCUCAUUUACAUUUUGUGGGGUUGGUUGGAGGCGAGAGGGUCUUGUCUAUAAGAAAAAUGAGGUGAUGUUUCUAUAUCUUAGUUUUUCCUUUCUGUGGUUUAUUAUGGCAGGAGACAACUAAUGGCAGCAUGAUGCAGGUUUCUUUAACAUAGUCUAAAACGUAAAUCUUCUUUUGUCCUCUAGAGGUACAUUGUUGACGUGUUUGGAGUUAAGUUAUUAUGAUAUAUGAGCAUCUAGCAAUUUACUAUUUUUUCGUAUCUGCUACUGUUAUUUUGUUUCAGAAACUUUUCGUUUUUACUUUAGUUCAGCUCUCAAACUGAUAAUAUAAGGCCACCAGUUUUGUUUGACUAGCAUAAAUUCGAUUCAUGCUAUACUGUACAUUUAUGUUAUUUUAUCACUUAACGAGAUGUAUCCUAUAAUCUAGCAAAUUUUUAUUGUUGUAACUAUGCUUUGUUGACUGAUGUUCUAGGAAUAGCAGGUCCACUACAAGGUCAGCCACAGUUAUUCAUCUCUCAUUCUGCACAGUUCAUACAGGGUGGUGGUUCAGAGCGAGCAACUGGUUGAGAGGAGCUGCGUUAUGAGCGACAUUUUGUAGUUGAAACUCAUGUAUGAAAUUUAUUUUUUUUUUGGCUGUAAUUCAAACAAGCAUUUUGUCGCUGAAACUCCUGUAUGAAAUUUAUUUUUAAUAUUGAAAUUGUGAUUUGUCGCAAA